CAACAACAACGCCUCUACUAUCCGCUUCUCCUCUCGGUUCGUCAGGUGACGUGCAGAGUCGAGGUCACGUGACCGGGCCGCCGAGGCGCGUCACUCGCUGCAACCCAAAAACUGGAGUUUAGAGAGAAACGACGCGGAUCUGGUCGGAGAGACACGGGCACCGAGGCAACAGGCGCCGCUCCCGCGCUCAGCGGCUCUUAUUUAUAUCGCCGUCCAGUGAAAUGAGGGCAACAUGGGGGCCAAAGAGUCACGGAUAGGCUUCCUUUCUUACGACGAGGCCGUCAAAAGAGUUACUGAUGUGGAACUCAAACGGCUGAAAGAUGCCUUUAAAAGGACCAGCGGGUUAUCCGCCUACAUGACACAGCAGUGCUUCUUCAGGGAGGUGCUGGGAGACGGCGUUCCUCCGAAGGUUGCAGAGGUGAUCUACAACUCAUUUGGAGGCACACCAAAAGGGCUACACUUCAACAACCUCAUUGUUGGCCUGGUUCUAUUGACAAGAGGACGAGAUGAGGAAAAGGCCAAAUACAUCUUUAGUCUGUUCGCCAACGACUCGGGCAGCUAUGUGGUACGAGAGGAGGUGGAGAACAUGCUUCGCUUGGUGGACGGGGAAGUGCCGCCCUCGCUGAAGAAGUGCUUCUUGGAGGGUGAGAAGGUAAAUUAUGAGAAGUUUAAGAGCUGGCUCCUGCAGAACAAAGAAGCGUUCACAUUCUCCCGCUGGCUGCUCUCGGGCGGAGUGUGCGUCACCCUGACUGACGACAGCGACACGCCCACCUUCUACCAGACGCUGGCUGGAGUCACACAUUUAGAAGAAUCGGAUAUUAUUGACUUGGAGAAGCGCUACUGGCUUCUAAAGGCCCAGUCAAGGACCGGCCGCUUUGAUUUGGAAACCUUUGUCCCUCUGGUCUCACCCCCUAUUCAUGCAUCACUAAGUGAAGGCUUGUUUCAUGCCUUUGAUGAGAAUCGGGACAAUCACAUUGACUUUAAGGAGAUCUCCUGUGGGCUUUCGGCAUGCUGUCGAGGCCCUGUGGCUGAGAGACAGAAAUUUUGUUUCAAAGUAUUUGAUGUAGAUCGGGAUGGAGUUCUGUCUCGACAUGAGGUGCAUGAGAUGGUGGUGGCCCUGCUGGAAGUGUGGAAGGACAACCGCACCGACACCCUGCCCGAAUUGCAUUCCAAUGUUUCUGACAUUGUAGAAGAUAUCCUGAAGAUGCAUGACACUACAAAACAGGGGCACCUAACACUAGAGGACUAUCAGAUAUGGAGUGUGAAGAGUGCCCUCGCCAACGAGUUCCUCAACCUGCUUUUUCAGGUGUGCCACAUAGUCUUGGGUUUACGGCCUGCUACUCCCGAGGAGGAGGGACAGAUCAUCAGGGGAUGGCUGGAGAGAGAGAGCAGGCAUGGACUGCAGUCAGGCCAGAACUGGUUCCUCAUCUCCAUGCAGUGGUGGCAGUUGUGGAAAGACUAUGUAAAAUAUAACAAUAAAUCCAUCGUGGUGGAGCAGCCUGGUAUGCAUGGCAAUGGAAAGAGGAGUCCCCAGUCCACCAGAGCUGCUGACCCAGCCAUGGCCAAAGCUGGAGCAGUGGCUCGGUCACUCAGCUCCCCAGGAGACAAGUCCCCAGACAGAACCUGGGAGGCCUCAGAGAACACCACUACCAGUCAGAUGCCACAUGUGAGCUCCUCUGCCACAGACAUCUGCUUUGCUCGGCAGCACAAUGUUUUGGACAACAACAACCAGUGUUUCUCUUCCGUCAAUGGCCACCUGCCCAACCACCUGGCUGCACAGAGGCCAGGCGCCAUUGACAACCAGCCCUUAGUCACCACUGAUCCCAUGAAGGCGCCCACGUUAACGAUGGAGGGUGGGCGGCUGAAGAGAUCUUUGCACUUAAUGGCUGGCCGGGACUUUGAGACAGUACCAGAGCCGGUAUGGAGGGCGCUUUACCACUGGUAUGGAGCAAAUCUCAGCCUGCCAAGACCGGUAAUCAAGUCUGUUGUCACAGACCAUGCAGAGCUGGAGCUCUUCCCUCGCUACCUGCUUUUCCUACGGCAGCAACCAGCCACGCGCACCCCUCAGUCCAACAUUUGGGUUAACAUGGGUAUGACCAGCCUGCGAAUGUUCCCUCCACACUUUCCCCGAGGCAAUGUGCCAUCUCCUAAUGCUCCUCUGAAGCGUGUGUUGGCCUACACAGGCUGCUUCAGCUGCAUGAGCACCAUUAAGGACAUCCAUGAGUAUCUGUCUCAAAGGUUACGCAUCAAAGAGGAGGACAUGCGUCUCUGGCUCUACAACAGUGAGAAUGACCUCACUCUUCUUGAUGAUGAAGAUCAUACGUUAGAAAGUUUGAAAAUUCAAGACGAGCAGCAUUUGGUGAUUGAGGUUCGAAAUAAAGAUAUGAGUUGGCCUGAGGAAAUGUCGUUCAUCGCAAACAGCAGCAAAAUUGACAGACACAAAGUCCCUACAGAGAAAGGUGCUACAGGCCUGAGUAACCUGGGAAAUACGUGCUUUAUGAACUCCAGUAUUCAGUGCGUGAGCAACACAAAGCCCCUCACUGACUACUUCCUCUCAGGAAGACACCUCUAUGAGCUCAACAGAACUAAUCCCAUUGGAAUGCGAGGUCAUAUGGCCAAAUGCUAUGGAGAUUUGGUACAGGAGCUCUGGAGUGGAACACAAAAGAAUGUGGCACCUCUGAAGCUCAGGUGGACGAUAGCAAAGUAUGCACCAAGAUUCAAUGGCUUCCAGCAACAGGACUCUCAGGAACUGUUGGCGUUCUUGUUGGAUGGACUCCAUGAGGACCUGAAUCGGGUCCACGAAAAGCCUUACGUGGAGCUGAAAGACAGCGAUGGGCGGCCAGAUGCAGAAGUCGCCACAGAGGCCUGGGAGAACCAUUUGAGAAGAAACCGUUCCAUUGUGGUGGACCUGUUCCAUGGCCAGCUCAAGUCCCAAGUCAAGUGCAAGACGUGUGGCCACAUCAGUGCCCGUUUUGACCCCUUUAAUUUCCUGUCCUUACCUCUUCCCAUGGACAGCUCAAUGCACUUGGAGAUCACAGUCAUUAAACUGGACGGCUCCACUCCAAUUCGCUACGGCCUUCGUUUGAACAUGGAUGAGAAGUACACAGGCCUGAAAAAGCAGCUCAGUGAAUUGUGCAGCCUUAAGCCAGAGCAGAUCCUCUUGGCUGAGGUCCACUCAUCCAACAUUAAGAACUUUCCUCAGGACAACCAGAAAGUGCGACUGUCUGUGAAUGGAUUCCUGUGUGCUUUUGAGAUCCCUGUGCCUGGUUCUCCCACUUCAGUCACCUCUCUUGCACCUACAGACACUACACUAAUGGCAAAUGGCACUGCUGGGAACAGUCAUGCCGAGAAACCUGGCCUAAUUCCGAAUGGCACGGCUGGUACACCCAUGCACAGUGGGUCUGAGAAAAACUUGGCCAACGGAAUGCCCAGCACAGUGGUGCCUUCUGUGCCAGACAGGAGCCUCACCAACGGCAUCCCCAACGGCCACAUCACGCUAGUUCAGGACAGCCCCUUCAUUGGCUACAUCAUAGCCAUGCACAGAAAAAUGAUGCGGACGGAGCUGUAUUUCCUCUCGUCUCAGAAGAACAGGCCCAGUUUAUUUGGCAUGCCGCUCAUUGUGCCUUGCACAGUGCACACCAGUAAAAAAGACUUGUAUGAUGCGGUAUGGAUCCAAGUGUCCCGUCUAGCCAGCCCUCUGCCUCCUCAGGAGGCCAGCAACCAUGCACAAGACUGUGAUGACAGCAUGGGUUACCAGUACCCUUUCACCUUACGGGUAGUGCAGAAAGAUGGCCAUUCCUGUGCCUGGUGCCCGUGGUACAGGUUCUGCAGAGGGUGCACAGUGGAGUGUAACGAGGACAGGGCAGCUCUAGGGAAUGCCUACAUCGCUGUGGACUGGGACCCCACUGCCCUGCACCUCCGCUACCAGACCUCCCAGGAAAGGAUCGUGGAGGAGCACGCCAGUGUGGAGCAGAGUCGGCGUGCCCAAGCAGAGCCCAUCAGUCUGGACAGCUGUCUGAAAGCUUUCACCAGUGAGGAGGAGCUGGGUGAGGAUGAGCUCUACUACUGCUCCAAGUGCAAAACCCACCGCCUAGCCACCAAGAAACUGGACCUCUGGAGACUUCCACCUGUACUGAUUGUUCACCUGAAACGCUUCCAGUUUGUGAAUGGACGCUGGAUCAAAUCUCAGAAGAUAGUGAAGUUUCCACGUAUGGGCUUUGAUCCCAAUGCGUUUCUGGCCCCACGCGAGGCAGCCCAAAGCACAUGGAGCCUACAGAGCCUGCAGAGUCAGAGCGAAUGCCUGGUGGAGGAGCUCCAGAGGCUGGACAAAGGAGACUCCUCAGUGUCUUCCAUCUCCACCACCACUGUUGCAAGUCCACCCAUAUCAGGCAGAGGCACUCCGAGUUCGAUCAGGAGAGUGAGCAGUCCCUUGAGCAGAAGCAGUAGCCCGAGCAACAGCCCUAAAAGCGCAGGCCGCAAGCAGGGCCGACUGCGUCUGCCUCAACUGGGCAGCAGGCACCGGCUCUCCAACAGCAAAGAGAACUUGGACAGCAGCAGCAACAGCAGCUGUAAAGAGAGCGGGUCGGAGCCAGAAGCCAGCAACGUGACCGAGGUGGAGCCUCUGGGGCCAGGGGCCCCUACAGAUUCCAACACUCAAGACUCCUGGUCAGUGGAUGCAUCCAGUACAGACUGUGAUAUCAUCAUGGUUAAUGGGCUGGGCCAGGAGAGCAGCCAAAGCAAUGGGCACUCUGAGGCCAGCACAGAGCUGGACAACUCUUCUCACCAAAGGGAUGAAAUCUGCCUGGAGCCCCUAUACAAUUUAUAUGCAAUCUCAUGCCAUUCAGGAAUAAUGGGAGGGGGUCACUAUGUGACCUAUGCUAAAAACCCCAAUGAGAAGUGGUACUGUUACAAUGACAGCAGCUGCAAGGAGGUUCACUCUGAAGAGGUUGACGCAGAUUCAGCAUACAUUCUCUUCUAUGAACAACAAGGAGUGAACUACUCUCAAUUUCUGCCAAAGACUGACGGCAAAAAAAUGGCAGACACUACUAGCAUGGAUGAAGACUUUGAGUCAGACUACAAGAAGUACUGUGUGCUUCAGUAAACCCAUGCUCUUCCACGCUAAAGGCACUUAGUAAGUUUUGUCAGUAUCUCCCCCUGUGCAAUGAAGACUGUAACAGCAGUGUGGCCAAGCUGAUGCUGCUCAGUCAAAACUGAGGAGCAACAAUUACUCUGAAGCACAAAGAACAGUUCACCACCGAAGAGGCUCCACUGCUGCCCCCUGUUUCUGAAGACAGGUACUUUACUGCUGGUUUGAAUGUGUUGCUCCAGCGAGUGGUGGAGUGCAUUGGAGAGAAAAUGAAUGAGGUAGAAAAAUAUAUAGAUGGUUGUUGUUGCCAAGUGAACAAAUAUCCAUUCCCUUGAAGUUGGUAUAACUGGACAUACUCUUAACACUGCGAAACCCCAAUUCUGCCAAAUCACAUACAUUUAUAUGAUAUUUAUGUAUUUAUCUUACCAUAAGGUUUGACAGCACUCGCAUUUUCCAUAUGCUUGAGUUUUGUAUAUUUAUAUGAUGGAAUCAUAAACAGAGCUCUUACAGGCCAAAUGAAGUCAUUCAGUCCCACCUUUAAUCACCAUCUAUAAUAGAGCGGUUUCAGUCACUGGUUGAAUGUUGAGUUUAUAAGCGCAUAGUCUUCACAGACCGAAAUGCAUAGACUUCAAGGAACGGUUUGGCAAAAAAAAACUAAUUUACAGUUUUUCACUUAUACGAGACAUAGUUGAUGCAUUCUUCAGUUAUAAAUCUGUUGCAUACUAACAAAUACUAGAAGUCACUAGUCAUAAAAUGUUUUGUGUACGUCCCCAAAACUUCUCUCAACCUGCUCAAGCUGCAUCCCGGGCUUCAUUAAGGUCAUGCAGACUCAGUGUCAGUCAUACUGUGUCUUAAACAACAUUACCAAGUCUGCACGGUCUUUAGGACGAUCUGGAUGGGGUUUGAACCAGUUGAGGUUCAGAAAAUAUUUGGAUGACUAUUGACUUCUACUGUUUGUUAGUAACAUUAGCCUCGUAGCUCCAGUUUAAAAUUGAAGAAGUGAAAUUUGAAUCUUCCUUUAACAGGCUAAAUGCUUUCCAAAGGUUUGUUGGAUUUUCCUUAAUCAGAAUCAAAGGUUUCUUAGUAGAAGUUGUACACUACCUCAGUUUGUUCGAGUUAAUUGAUUGUUCAUGGCAAGUCACAGAGACAGUAUUACAAUGUGAAUGGCUCCCUAAAACGCGUGUCUGUAGAGUCUUCUCGUAUAAGAUUAUGAUAUAAAUGACUGGGUGAAGUCCUGCACAUUUCACUGCCAAAUCAGCAUUUCAGUGAGCAACAAACAAACCAACCACUUGCAUAUGCCAUUUGCUGAAUUUUGGUUUAGAAUUUGAUUUUUGAUCGUUUUUUUUUUCCCCCCGGUUGUGUGCCAGAGUGUCGCGCAAAGAGCCAGUAUAUCUCUUCAGUGUGUUGUCUUUGUCUUAAACAAGUUUUAACUUUAUACAUUUUAUUUUUCAGUGAUAUUUAUUUUUAAUAGUGCCGAUUCAUGUUGCCCAAGCACAGCUGUUAUGUGACUGUAUGCUGGCAGCAAGUCUCAGCAUUCCACUCCUCACAGUGCCAGCCCACCAUUACGACCAUUCAGCGAUGCCAUUACAGCUUUUAGAAUGUUAUUACUGAUGUCACUUUAUUUCCUGUUAGAAAGGUACAGUAAAUGGUAGCCAAAUGCCUGCAUAUCUGAUCAGUGCACUCUAAUGGGAGAGGUUCACAGUAUCAAGCCAAAGUUCUUAACAGGUGAUAUGUUGUCACAUAACAUUAAACUCUGUCAGCAGAGAGCGAGAGAACGGUGGGCUAUGUGAACUGUGUUCUCUGAAAGAAUGUCUCGUCAGCGCAGCUAACCUUCUGAAGGCCCUGUGCUGGAAGGAAGCUGCGUCUGCAGUGACCUGCUGAAGGUUACGUGUCUUAAGACAUGUCAGAAUAGUAGCAACUCUGUGGAGACUCUUCAUUAGAGAGCCGUCUUAACACUGUGAAAAAGGUUUUGAAACAAUGAAUGAUUCUUGUUUUUUUUGUUUGUUUUUUUUUUUUCCCCCCCAUCAUUACUUCUAAUCACUUGAAUGAAGGCCUCAUUAAGCAAGAGUUUGUCCUUCAAUGGCAUAGUACUAUAAGUUGGCCUAUAGGACUGUGCUGCUUCACGUUUAUAAAAAAAAAAUAAAAAAAUUAAAAAAAAAAGUGAAAUGAACGUAAAUAUAUUACUGUAAUUCAUCAGUCAUGCGACAUGACGAGUCAUGCAAAUAGUUUGUAUCAGCUGUAAGCAAUGUUUAUUCUAUAAACAUAAGAGCUGUCCCACACUGAGAGAAAAAUACAUAAUGCACAAUAGGGGAGAAGAAUAUAGUCUGUAUUCGACAACGGUGAUUCAAAUCCUCUCACUUUGAAAUUCACUUGUAAUAAUGAGUGGCUUGCUUAUUUUAUUGGAACUGGAAUCUUCCCCUCAGCUCACAAGUCUUUUGAGGCCACAACUACACAUGACUUUUAAAGACGUGUUUUUUUUUUUUUGAUACAGGGAUAAUUUAUUAAUGCUUCAGAAACAUAAUUGGUUGGCAAGUAGUGCAAUCAACUACUGACGUCUAUGUUGUUAGUCGGUUUUGUUAAGUUAAUUGGCAGAGAUGUAUUAAUUUAAUGAACUUUAUUUUAUAAAGUGUUUAAAGAAUAAAAAUGAUGUUGCACUGACCUGAAAUGUACAUACAAUGUUUUGUAAAUAUGCCAAUAAAAAUUAUGUAUUUGAAAAUGAACUGUAAAAAAAUGUAGUUGUAUAUGAAGUGAUGCCGUUGAUCUGUAACGACUAUUCAAACCACUGAUUAAAUGCAGCCAAUGCAGUUGAA